CUCGUGUUAGGAUGGAUUGGAUAUUACGCGGCGAUAAUUGUUUAAGGCGUUAAUAAUAAAUUGAAAAUGAAAUGUUUGAAAAAAUAUUCAAUUUUAAGAAAAUCAAAAAAAUCAAUUAAAAAUAUAUUAAUAUUUUUAAUAUUAAUUAAUAUUAUUGAAAAUAGUUUAGCAUUUAAUAAAACACAUUGGAAUGAAACAACAGAAUAUGAUUUUUCAACUUGUUGUGAACUAGUUUUUGGAUCAUGUAAAUCUUCAUGCGAAAAUUUAUCUCUCGUUCAACUGGCAGCUGUAGAUCCAAAUGGAAAAGAAUUUAAAUUAAAUGAUUUAAGAAGAUUUUGUCCUGAUUUACAGAGUGAUUUUUGGAGUUGUAUUAAUAGAACAUUGCACGCUGUAUCCCGUGGAUCACAAUGGUAUGGUAGAAAAUGUUGUACAUUAGCACAAACAAUAAAAUGUCAAAAUACAUGUGCAACAUCAUCAAAUGUAGAUGAUUUAACUCCGGCAUGCCGCCGAAGUGAUGAACAAUAUAUGUUUACAUGUUUUGAAAGACAGGAAAUGGGUGAUAAAUGUUGUGGAAAUGCAAGAACCUCCGAUUGUUUGCAGGCUUGCCGCAAAAUUUUUGAACAUCAAACAUUGACGCCAUCUAAAGAAAACCGGAAAUAUAUGGAAAAAGUAUGUGGUGAAAAUAAUCCACGGGUUCUUCGAUGUGUUAAGAAUUUUACAACAUUAACGCCAAUAAAAAAUUCAAAAAAAUAUAAUCCUUGUUGUGAAGUAUCAACAAAUUCUCAAUGCCGAGAAACAUGUACUGAAGCUUUAUUAAAUUUACGUUCAAUACAAGAAAUUAUUGAUCAACUUGUUAUUGGUGGUUGUGGUGAAGUUAAUUUACGUAAUCCGAUAUGGCAAUGUUUUCUAUCGGAUGGUAAAACUGUAAUGACCCAAGCAUUACCAAAUGAAGUAUCACAAAUUAAUCAGUUGGGAAUGGAUUCAGCAAAAUUACAUUGUUGUCAUAUAGCAUCAUCGACUAAAUGCCAAAGAUUAUGUAUUCAAACUUAUUCAAAUGAUUGGACAUCAACAUUAACUGAAUUUACAAAUGAUUGUUUAAUGCAGACUCAUGAAAUUGAUUUAAGGCAAUGUAUAAAUGAAGUUGAUGAACCAUGUGAACUUGGUUGUGAUGGACUUAAUUUCUGUUCAAAUUUUAAUAAUAGACCAACUGAAUUAUUUCGAAGUUGUCAUACACAUGCUGAUACUGCAGCACAAAAAGAAUUAUUACUUUGGAAACGAAAAGGUUUCGUUUCAUUACCUGGAAUGAAUUUACCAAUAAAAAAUAUUACAAAAUGUUCACCUAAUAUAUGGCGUGCUAUUGCAUGCACUUUUGAAAUAAAGCCUUGUACAAGAGGAAAACAUUUAAAUCAGAUAUGUAGAGAAGACUGUUAUAAUUUAUUAAGUGAUUGCUUAGAUUGGACUGCAGUUUCAUCGAAAGUUUCAGCUAGUUCGAUAUGUUCGAAACUGUCAUCGGAAUUCGAAGAAGUAGAUUGCGUUUCAUUAAAACCAUACUUAGAACCAAGUGAUAUACCAACAGAAACUGGUGGCCAUCAUCGCUUAACUUCUCCAUGUAAAGGAAAUAUAUGUAAUUCUAGUGAAGUUUGUGUACCUUUUAGAAAUGGAACUAUAGGCUACUCGUGUAUUCCUGGUUGUUCUUUAGGUGAAUUCUCUUUAUAUAAGGUACCGCUUGGAGCUUAUGUCCGAAUUCCAAGUGCUGGACAACCAAAAGGUUGCUUAAAAAUUUGUAGAUGUGGUCAAGAUGGUAAAAUUGAUAACUGUCAACCUUUACCAUGUAUCAAUUAUGAUAAAUGUAAUACUGGUGGUAGAUCAAUUCAACAUGCAAAUUGGUUCUAUUUAGAAUGUAAUUUGUGUAGUUGUUUUGCGGGUGAAAUUACAUGUACUAAAAGACAAUGCAGACUACCAGGCAUUUCAGAUAACAGUUUCACAAGUCUACCAUGUAAAUGUCCACCACAUUAUGUACCAGUAUGUGGUAAAAAUGGUAAAACAUAUAAUUCUGCCUGUAUAGCUAAAUGUUCAGGAUUGCACGAUAUUGACUUAGAAUUCGGUCCAUGCAGCUCAAAGAAUCCUUGUGAAUCUGGGAAAUAUACUUGUCCAACAGGUACUCAAUGUUUACCCGAUCGAAAUGUAUGCUUGUCACCAAUGCAUAGACCUUGUUUGCAAUAUACAUGUGUUAACAUAACAGGAAAAUGCAAUACUGUAAGUACACCAGCUUGCGACAUUAAUGGUAUUACAUAUCCAUCAGCAUGUAAACUUUUACAAAGUGGGAAAAAUUUUUCUCAUUUCGGAAAUUGCAUUAAAAAUUGUCAUAGAGAUGGACCAGUAUGUGGUAUAAACGGUAUUACAUAUCAAUCAGAAUGUGAAGCUUGGUCUGAUUAUUCUUUAGUCGAUUAUAUUGGACCAUGUAUAGAAGUUGGUUUACUUAGUUCAAAUAUGGGUCCAAGAUGUCAUCAAGUUAAAUGUUCAAAAUUACCAUCAGAAUAUUGUAAACCGAUAUAUCCACCAGGUGCCUGUUGCCCUAUUUGUGCUGGUGCCUUAAGAAUAAUAUUUUCAAAAAAACAAAUUGAUCGAGCUUUAUAUGCCUUAAAAAUGAAAAAUAUAGAAAUUUUAACUUUACAAAAUAUAUUAAAAUCUUUAGAUAGUUUAAUUAAAAUAACUGAAUGUCAAUUAGUUGGAUUUUUAACAAUGGAAACUGAUCUUUUUAUAGCUGUUAUAAGUCGUGAAGAAUUACCAAAUCAUAUACAAAUAGAAGCUUGUUCAAUUGAAGCUGAAAAAAUUGCAAGCCUUAUUAAUACACAAAGUCAUAGUAUAACAAGUAAUUUAAUUUUAAGUUCUUUAACUGUUGCAAAUUUAGUUGAUCCUGAUUUAGAAAAUUUUGCUAUAAGUUAUAAAUAUGGAGAUUUUAAUUUAAUAUCGUUAACAAUUUAUAGUUUGGUUACAAUU